UAGUCGGUGCCCUCCAGAAUAUGUCGGAUGUUAUAAACCAUUUCCCUUCUUCUGAUGUGGAAGAUUUUGAUACAAAUGUUGCUCAUGACAAUGUGAGAGCUAGGUUCAAGAAAGCUUGUGAUCUACUCUAAAUAGAUGGCACAUUUCCAGAAUUAAGCAAAUUUUCAUUUUAAAUGAUGAUAGUAGCAAUCUUUGACAAAAUGCAAGCAGAGAUUGUUAGUAGGCUUGAAGAAAUUAUAAAGUAUCUAAAACCAUUGUUACCACUUGCAAAUUGUCACAUGGUGAAUUUCAUCACGAAUGAGAUGUGGGAAAUUUAUGUACCUGAUGGUAUAAAAAAAGAAGUUUCAUCCGUAGAACUUGAAGUCCUUAACAAGGUAUUUAUGCAUCAUGCCAAAGGGAUUUCUGUAUGUGAACAAAAGAGUGAAUUAAUGGAAAGAAUUCCAAACUUCAUAAACUAUCUUGACAGUGCAAAGGAUGUUUUGAAGGAGAAGUGGAAGGAUUCCAUUUGGGUUACCAUCGAGGUGCUGAAAUUGAUAAUAGCAAUCUUUGACAAAAUGCAAGCAGAGAUUGUUAGUAGGCUUGAAGAAAUUAUAAAGUAUCUAAAACCAUUGUUACCACUUGCAAAUUGUCACAUGGUGAAUUUCAUCACGAAUGAGAUGUGGGAAAUUUAUGUACCUGAUGGUAUAAAAAAAGAAGUUUCAUCCGUAGAACUUGAAGUCCUUAACAAGGUAUUUAUGCAUCAUGCCAAAGGGAUUUCUGUAUGUGAACAAAAGAGUGAAUUAAUGGAAAGAAUUCCAAACUUCAUAAACUAUCUUGACAGUGCAAGAAAUAUGGGUCUUCAUGGAAUUUCAGUGCAAGGAAUAGUUACCUCAAUGUCAGAUCUACAGAAGAAACUAGUUGAAUUGGGCUGUGAAUGUCAGGAGAGUCUGCACAUGGAACAGUUCAUGACUCCGAAGAAGAUGCAUGAAGUUGAAGCUAUGAGUCAGUUGGUCUCUGCAUUAGCUCGUGUGUCUCAAGCUUCUCACGUGGUUGAUGUCGGGGGCGGAAAGGGAUAUCUGAGUUCCAUUCUGGCAUUUCAUUAUGGGUUCAGAGUUCUUGGAGUAGACUCCUCACAAGUAAACACUCAUGGCGCAGUCAAGAGGACUCAGAAACUGGAGAAAAUGCCGAAUGUACUGUGCCAUAGGGCCAACAUAUUUAAGCAAGGUAAUUCUCAACCAUGGAGGGGGAAACACAGGAAGUCUCAGAUUAGUACGAAGAUCUUGGAGGGCCGUGGAUGUAACAGUGCUGAAAGUGCAACAGACAUUAAUCCACUGCCAAGUGAAUCACUUUUCUUCCGAGCCUUGCUACAGGUCCUGGUGUUCAACAAAUUUGGUAAUGAUAUUCCGUGGGGUCAAGUCGGCCGACUUAAAUACCAUAACUUUGCGGAUUAUGUACAAAAAGCCGUGAAGAAACUACACCUCAAUAUUGAUGUGAGUACAGAUGAGAUCGAGUCACUUUACAAGGAACAUUCUGUUGACCAGCAGCUGUUGCAUGUAUUCUUCAUUAUGAGGGUUGCCUUGGCUCCAGUAAUUGAAGCUGUCAUUCUGUUAGAUAGACUUCUUUAUUUGCAUGAACAGCUCCAUGUGGACGAUGGGUUGCCAGCACAAGUCUGCCAGCAGUGUGUGCAUAAAGUGAAUACUUAUUAUAAUUUUAGACUGCAGUGUGAGAGUUCUGAUUUUAAAUUACGACAGUACCUGAGCACUGAGCUGUCAAAGAACCAGUUAUGUUCAGUAUCUGCAGCUGUGAAGGAGGAGAGUGGUCAGAUUCAUGCCCUGGCCAAGGAAGGGACCUCAGUACCCAUUGGGCAUGAGGCUGGGUAGAUUGUGAAGCUGGUAGUGGAUGUUGUGACAGAAUAAUCUAGCUGUACCAGGAAUCAGACCCUGGUUAUGUAGCCUGCAGCUAAUGACUGUACUGACGUGAGUUACCAUGGCUUCGAAUCAUAACGCCGUAAUUAGUGAAAUGUUUCUGUGAACAGACAGGUUAUGCAUAAUGAUAAAUGCCUUAAUGCCCUCCUCAUACUCAGCGUAAUCUGUGCUGAUUUUGUAGCGAGGAAACACACAUUUUCGUGAGUUUUGAUUUGUCAGCCACCAAGUAUUUAUUUGUGGUUUAUAAUUAUACUUAAAUAUAACAU